UGCUUUUGUAAUUUCAGUUUUUUUCAAUAGAAACCAAUAAGGUCUUUAACGUCUUGUACUGAAGGGUGUUUUACAUUGUGAUUCGACGCAAUUGUGGCGUUUGCUGAUUACGGAAACUUUGUUUUUCUGUAGGUUCUUUUUUCCUAUUUUUCUGUAUUUUUUUAAACCUCUUCUUUGUUGUAAAACAUGGGUUUACCAAAGUCCAAAAACCAUCUUGGUUUAGGCCGUGCCAUUCAAAAUGACUUUAUGAAAGGCCGUAGAAACAAAAAAGGUGGUCUUCGACACAUCACCGAUCCUAAUGAUGAACCUAGCUGGGUCAAGCUUCGUUCUGUUACACAGCAGACUGAUUUAGAUGAGUUUUUAAGUACGGCUGAGCUUAGUAAUGUUGACUUUACGGCUGAGAAGUUGAAUGUCAAGGUCAUCCAAAACAGCGAACAAAAUCCCUUCCUUUUAAAUAGCGAACAGGAAGCGAAGUCUAAACAACAACAAGAACUUAACAAGGACCGUCUCACCAUUCCCUGUCGUCCUCCUUGGGACGAAAACACCACUCCUGUGGAGCUCGAACGCAAUGAGCGACAAGCGUUUUUGGAAUGGCGUCGAAGCCUGGCUCAAUUGCAAGAGAUUCCUGGUUUCGUUGUUACACCGUUUGAGCGGAAUUUAGAAGUUUGGCGUCAGCUUUGGCGUGUUAUCGAACGUUCAGAUGUUAUUGUCCAAAUUGUCGAUGCAAGAAACCCUCUGUUCUAUCGGUCGGCUUUCCUAGAGCAAUAUGUAAAAGAAGUUGAUCCCUGUAAGAAGAAUUUCCUUCUUGUAAAUAAAGCUGAUAUGUUGACUGAUUCUCAGCGUCAAGAGUGGGCCAGCUACUUCAAAUCUCACAACAUCACUUUCCUUUUCUUCUCUGCUCGUCUUGCCUCUGAGCAACAGGAGUUGGCCGGUGUCACUGGCAGCGACGCUCCUCUGAGCGACGCUGUCGACACAAACGAUGAUUACAGUCGUGUUAACCCAAUCAAAAUCGCUAAUAUCAACAUGCUCUCCAAUAUCUUCAACUCUUACGCUGAACAAUCAGCGAAUGGAAAGAAGUCAGUCACCAUUGGUUUGGUUGGUUACCCCAACGUUGGUAAGUCAUCCACUAUCAAUGCCCUUGCUGGUGCGAAGAAAGUGUCCGUCUCAUCGACCCCUGGUAAGACGAAACAUUUCCAAACAAUCAAACUCUCUCCUACUGUCAUGCUUUGUGAUUGUCCAGGUCUGGUGUUCCCUUCAUUCGCAGAUACACAAGCUGACUUGGUGCUGAACGGUGUACUUCCAAUUGAUCAGCUGCGCGAGCAUACUGGUCCAGCUGCGCUCGUUGCCAGCCGGUUUCCUAAGGACGUACUUGAGAAAACAUACGCGAUCACUAUUCAUACGCGGCCAGUGGAAGAAGGCGGUUCUGGAAUUCCGACAGCCGAUGAAUUUUUGUAUCCGUAUGCUGUUGUUCGCGGUUUCAUGCGCGCUCAUCACGGUAAUCCUGAUGACUCGAGAGCUGCUCGUUACGUUUUGAAAGACUAUGUUAAUGGCAAGAUCAUCUACUGCCACCCUCCUCCCACAUAUACAGGCACUGGUCUCGAGUUUAAUGCCGAACAUCAUCGUAAUGUUACCGCUAUCGAGUUCGACGAGGUCACCAAUGAAUUGAAGAAUGCCACCAUCUCCGAUUCUUCGUCGGCAAAACCGAAGAAGGUUCAGAAUCCCCGGAGUAAAACAGAAACCCUUGACACAAACUACUUCCGUCGCAACGCUCUUAUUCGUUCGCAUGUGAACGGUGCUGGCGCAUUGAAUGGGAGUGACUAUCGUGGCCGCACCAUUCAUCAUGCAUUCCAGCAGCGCCUAAAUGAUGACGGAACGCCUAUGGACCCUGCCAUUUCGGAAGCUCAAGCUGCUUUACUUCAAAAACCCUUGUCUCGCCGUAAGGCUCGUCAGCUUGCCGCAAUGGAUCUUGGAGUUUCGCCUGAAUUGCUUGCCGGCUCCUCGAAGAAGCACAACAAGAAGAACAAGCGUGGCAAACAAAGAAGUGGUCAGGGUUAUGACAUUUAAAAUCGGUUUUGGCAAUUAUUUGUUUUUGAAAAGUGUUUUCUAUAUGGUUUUCAUUUUGGGCUUGAUGAUGACGCGGAUGUUUUUAUAGUCACUGUUGGCUUCAAUGGUUUGUUUUAUUAGUUCAAUGCUUUAAUAUUAUCCUUAAGGAAAAGA